AUCAUUUCAAACGGAGUAGUUUACUCUGCGUCGUUAUGUUCCUUUUAUUUUCUACCUACACAGCUCUGAGCUUAGUCGAAAAAAAAAAAAAAAAAAAAAAAAAAAAGGUAAAAGGUUGACAUACUAACCUCACCAGGAGAAGUGAAAUUGCGGCUCAAGGUAUGUAUAUAGUUUGAGUUCACAAUUUCAUAAAUGUUUUGGUCUUGAGGUUAUGCUGUAAUUGACUCAAAUUGAAUUUGGUUUAUACGACUUUUGUGGUCUUAAUUACAAAUGGAAUCUUGAUAGUUUCUUGACUUCUUCAUAGUAGUUGUAUACAAUUUACAUGUGUUGAGAAUUGCUUGGGUUAUAUGCGGUCAACUCUUUUUCAACUGUUGUUUUUGCUGAUUGGUUCAUGAUUGAUAUGAAACCUAUUGAAUUUCUCUCUAAAAUAGCCCCCUCCUUUUCUUUUUUUUUUCUUUUUUUUUUUUGAUUUCCUCUAUAUUUUUUGGAAGAUUUGUUGCUAUGGAAUGAUAUUUUGUUGACUAUUGAUUUAUUAGUGGAUUUUUUUGCUGCUUAUAACAUCAAAUUACUGUCAGAAACAUUUGUGAACAAGGCUUUCUUCUCCCCAGAGAUAUUGAUUUGCUUCUCCUGUGCAGUUUCUAGGCUAAAACCUCAUAGUUCAAGAAGUUUUCCCAUUAUUGGAUGUCAUGUAUAUUUCAUUCAAUACUCCAUCAAACCUUUACAAGCAAGUUUCAAGUUUACAAUCGAAACUUCAAAAGGGGCUGUCAAUCCUGUCAAAGUUGGACUAGAGAUGAGGCACUAGCAAAUACCUUAACUCUGGAGAGUGAUUUGCAUACCAAAAGAACUGGCCACACUGAAGUUUUAGAUAAGAAUUAUGAAUCCGUUAAACCUAUUAUUCUAGAAUCACCGUCUUCUACUGCUCCUAUAGACAUUGAUUCUCAAGAAAUGUUUGUCCCUGAGGUUGAUAAAGCCCUGCAUCAGGAACUUGAAGGAAUGGGAUUCUCAAUUGCACGGACUACUAUCAUAUAAUGUGGCUCUUAUGUUCAGGUGCAUGGGGUGCUAAAUGGAGCGGAACAAAUGGUGCAUAUACGUUGGCGACUCUUAUUCAAGCUCAACUUUGUGAAGAUUUGGAAAUUCCAGCUUAUAUAUAUGUUGAGAAUUUGUAUUUUGGAGGAUUAAAUUAAUUAUAUAACUUUUAUUUAUUAAUAGUAGGGUGUCAUACAAAAAACAAGCAACUAAUAUUUUAUAAUGUACGUAUUUAGCAUUAUAAUUAUUUUAUAUAAAUUUAAUGAUAUUUUGUUUCUUAGUAUAUUUAGAUUUGUACUGAAUAUUUAUACAUAUAUUAAAUUA